AUGAAUGAAAUUGGAAUAGCGGCUACAUUACAUGUACAAUACCGGGCUCUGCGGUGUUGCAUUCUAUCAUACUAUAUCAAAAUGGCCACAGCGGUGCAGAACCCCCUCAAAUCGCAAUCUGGAGGUGCAGUCAUCAAGAACAGUCUUGGUGAGGAGUUCUAUAAGGAGGCCAUUGAACACUGUCGCAGCUACAAUGCCCGUCUGUGCGCCGAGCGCUCCAUGCGUCUCCCCUUCCUGGACUCCCAGACCGGCGUGGCCCAGAGUAACUGCUACAUCUGGAUGGAGAAGAACCACCGCGGACCAGGUCACGCUCCGGGUCAGCUGUACACGUAUCCCGCUCGCUGCUGGCGCAAGAAGAGACGGCUAAACAUCCUGGAGGACCCGCGGCUCGUCCCCAUCGAGUUCAAGAUCGACUACGAGGCCUCUCUGAAGAAGGAGGGCGGCAUCCCCGAUGGCCCCGUGUUGGAGUCGCUGCUCGCCGGGGAAACCCUGGACAAGAAGGUAGAAACCAAGGAAGAAGAGCCAAUGAGCGAGUGUCAGAAGCUGCUGGUCGGGGAUUUCCCUAAUGAGCUGGAGGCGGACGAGAUAGAGGAAGACGUCCCGAAACGCAAGAACCGUACCAAAGCACGGGCCUGCGGUGUCGGGGGCAUGAGGAAGAGACAAGAGCCGGCUGCCAUUGAAGACAGAGACAAGCCUUACGUCUGUGACAUCUGUGGAAAGCGCUAUAAAAACCGCCCAGGGUUGAGUUACCAUUACACUCACACACACCUGGCAGACGAGGAGGGGGAGGAGGACUCGGAGCGACACACACUACCCUUCCAGCGCAAGAACAACCACAAGCCCAAGAAAGCGCCGGACGGCUCGGUGAUCGCCAACGGCUACUGCGACUUCUGCCUGGGGGGCUCAAAGAAGACGGGCUGUCCCGAAGACCUUAUCUCCUGUGCGGACUGCGGGCGCUCAGGCCAUCCGUCCUGUCUGCAGUUCACAGUGAACAUGACUGCUGCGGUGAGGACUUAUCGCUGGCAGUGCAUCGAGUGCAAGUCCUGCAGUCUGUGUGGCACCUCUGAGAACGACGACCAGCUGUUGUUCUGUGACGACUGUGACCGAGGCUACCACAUGUACUGUCUGAGCCCCCCCAUGUCUGAGCCACCGGAGGGGAGCUGGAGCUGUCAUCUGUGUCUCAGACACUUGAAGGAGAAGGCCUCGGCCUACAUCACCCUCACUUAAUCCGCGGAACUGCGCCUCAUCCUCUCGGCCCCCUUCAUCCCUCUCUCCCAAAAGCCACCUCUUCGCCCCCCACACACCCCUCCUCCUCCUCCUCCUCCUCCUCCUCUGAUCUAUUCGUCGCCGCCACUUCCUCCGCGAUCCGUUCCCGGUGACGUCCGACACGACCGAGCGCACACGGCGCCGCACACGCCCCCCCUGCCCUUCGAUGUUCUCUCUACAAGCCGCAGAACCGACCUCCGUCCUUUUUUUUUCUCGUGCCGAUGCUUGACCUGAACCCCCCUGGCCACAACCUCCACCCUUUUCCUGAGCAGGAAUCCAUCAGCUGGCAAUAAGUUUGCCAGCGAGACACACACACACACACACACACACACACGCACACACUCCAGCCUGCCAAGAGCACUUCAGAGAAACACCGCUCCACAAGAACCCUCUUAAGGGCCCUCGGAAGAGCCCUAAUGAUCUUCAGCUGCAACUCAAGUCAAGUAGUGAGGGAGAAUUAAUAGGACGGAUAGGUGUCAGGCUGAGGACGGGGCUUGGAAGACCCCGGACCGCCGCGGAGCAGAAGGUUUCCAGUGAUCGCCAACUGUGGAACACACACCGAACCAAAAGUUCAUCGACUCCCUCCGUCCUCUCCCGCCGCUCGGAGCCGAGGCGUUGAACUCCGCUCCGCCGUUUGUCUGCAGACAAAGGGAGGGGGGGGGGGAAUUGUACAGAAUUCCGACUGGUUCUCUAUCCACACACUCUCCAUCCCCCCCUCCCUCCCUCCUCCUCCGCUGAGAUGCAACAACGAGGAUCUGGCCGAUAGGAACUCAGACCAUCUUGGACUUCACCGCCUCCCUUUUUUUUUUUCUCCCUGCAUGGGGCGGCCACAAAAAACGAACGGCGCAUCCUCGGGAUCGAUGGCGACGUUUUUCCGUCGUCGUGUCGGGAUGUGAUCCUCGGGACGGGAGGAGAGACGGAUCGUUCUCCAAUCAGCCGAUCAAACAGUGUAUUUAUGAAUAAAAAUGACAAUUUAGGCUUAUAGCAUCGCUCACAAAUCCUUCACCUGACCUACGAAACAAUGACCGUGAGACUGAAACGCCGCUGGUGCUCCGGCGUGUUUUACCCGUGUGUUGAGAAUGUCGGAUCUGACGUGUGGACAAUACAGAACUUUUUCUCCUUCUUAAAAAAAACAAAAAAACGUCUUUUUUAUAAUUCCUUUUUUUAUUUACUUUUUCUUUUUUUCAUUCGCACGUCGUUAUUUGAAUUGUUUUUUUUAAUGACUUUUAAUUGAAAUGGAAAAGAAAGCACACUUAAUUCGCAAUAACGUGUUUGUGAUAUGAACUAUUUUGGCCAAACUGUGUGUGUUUUAACCUCUAUGUGUGUGUGUGUGUGUGUGUGUGUGUGUGUGUGUGUGUGUGUGCUUGAGUUUAACCGAGCACCGCGGUAGCCGCAGCUCCACGCUGGGCGCUGUCCGCAUUUGAGUGGCGUGAAGGUGACGGGGAAUGAAAGGAAAGUCGACAUCAACCUGUUCAAAGUCAUUAUUUUGCGAGUCGCGAGGCUGAAGUGAAGUCCUGAGUCCAGAUCGGCGAGCGGCAAAGAGAGAGUUUGACCUUUUGGGGCAAUUAGCGCGAUACUCAAAGUGUUUUUUUAAAACAAAUUAUGUUUUUUACGAGGGGCCGUGCGCCAGGCCAUUUCACUCGUAACCCCUCGUAAAAAAAAGAAAUAGCUCGUCACUUUUACCCUUUUAACCGAUUAAACUAGGCUGACCAGA